AUGGCCUUACGAAAUUCGGAAACUGGUUCUAAUACAUUUAGUAUUAGUGAAAAUGAACCACAAAAGUAUAGUGAAACAAAUGAAUCAAGUGAAUCAAGUCUCUUGCUUACAAAACGUAGAAAUGUUAGUGGUAAAAAACAGGGAUGGUGUAGUAUAUAUGUUAAUGAUGAUCAAGAUCAACUCCAACAAUUGGCACUACACUUAUUUUCAGUUGUUUCUUCACAAGCCAUCUAUAUGGCAAAAAUACGCUCUUACUACCUUUCAAAUUCUGAUAAAGAACUUCAACUUUAUGGCAAAGAUUUAAAUUAUAAAGAGUUGUAUGAAAGUAUUAAUACAUCAAUAGUUACAUAUGAUUUACUUGAAACUUCAGAUGAAAAUACUAAUAACGGUGUGACUAAUAAUUUAGAUAAUACUAAUGAAAGCAAAGAUUUAGAAAGGUUAACAUUAAAUAUUGCAGAUUCAGUAGAUUUAGUGUUGCUAGAAUUUUUAGUAUCUGGAGAUGCAAUAUUUUUUUCAGAUUCUGUUACAACUAAUUGGGCUAGAGAUGUAGGUAAUAUAAAUUACAAUCCUAUUGAGUUAGCAUGUCAAAUGGUACAAGAUGAAGAGGAUUAA